AUGAUUUCGGCACGUCUGCUUGUGCUUGCCUGUUCUCUGGCGGCUGCCGUCGCGCAGAGCAGCAGUCCGACACCCUACAAGGUUCAGACACCGCCCUUGGACACUGAUUGGACGUACAGUGUUGGUACCAAUCCAUGGCCAGAGCAUCCCCGGCCACAGCUUCAUCGCGACGCCUGGAAGAGCCUCAAUGGCAUUUGGACGUUUCAGCCUGCUGGUCCUGGGGAUGGCGACUCCGAUAGCCCUCCGGAUGGCCCACUUCAGAGCGAGGUUCUGGUGCCGUCCUGUAUCGAGAGUGGGCUCUCGGGACUUCAGCUUAUGAACAUCACAGACAUGUGGUUCGCGACCAGCUUCAAGAUACCGCAUGCCUGGCAUGGGCAAAAUGUGAUCUUGAACUUUGAGGCAGUUGACUACCAGGCGGUGGUGUUUGUGAACGGAGCCAGGGCCGGGACCCACACCGGAGGAUAUUUUCGGUUCGGGGUGGAUAUAACCCAGUUUGUCAAGUUUGGCGAUGACAACAGCGUAACCGUGUUUGUUCACGAUCCAACAGACUUGGAUGUCAUUCCAGUUGGAAAACAGACCCGAAAUCCUAGCCACAUAUUCUAUCGAUCGUGCUCCGGAAUAUGGCAAUCUGUGUGGCUGGAAAGUGUGCCCUCAAACCAUAUAACCCAGCUGGACGUUGCUGCGGGAAUGGACGGCACAGUCUCUGUGACGGUCCACAGCUCGAACAAGCAAGGCACCUCCGCCAAAGUGUCCGUCGUCGGACUCGACGGUCGCGUCAUUGCUUCGCAGAAGGGCCCUUCCGAUGAGGAGUUCAAGUUCCAGGUCAAGCAGCCAAAGCUGUGGUCUCCAAACUCUCCAACUUUGUAUAACUUGACGGUGACUCUUGGUGAGGAUGAAGUAUCCAGCUACACUGGAUUUCGCACCAUUUCCAGUGGGAAAGUCAAGGGGGUCCAAAGACCACUCCUAAACGGACAAUUCACAUUCAUCUUCGGCACGCUCGAUCAGGGAUUUUGGCCUGAUGGGCUGUAUGUGCCGCCAAACAGAGAAGCCAUGAUAUAUGAUCUGAAGAUGCUUAAAGGGUUGGGCUUCAACACGAUCAAAGUUGAGCCAGAUUUGUUUUACCGAGCUUGCGAUGAAAUUGGUCUGAUGGUCAUCCAAGACAUGCCUAGCCUGACUAACGACGGGAGUCGGCCUCCGAAUCCUGACCAACAGGCAGAGUUUCAACGUCAGCUCGAAAUCUUGGUCAAUGAGCAUAAGAGCUAUCCAUCGAUUAUUACUUGGGUCAUUUAUAACGAAGGAUGGGGGCAGCUCAGGGGUCCACCCUAUCCUGAACUGCAACUCGUGGAAGUUGUUCGUGAAAUCGACUCAACAAGGCUAAUUGAUGCAACAACCGGGUGGAAUGAUCAUGGCGCCGGAGAUUAUUCGGACAACCAUCACUACGCCAAUCCGCAAUGCGGAACACCGUUUUAUUCCACUCCUUCUUCUCCGUAUGACCCCAACCGUAUCGGGUUCCAGGGCGAAUUUGGCGGCAUCGGCCACAAUGUAUCAAUCGAACAUCUUUGGAACGUUCAAGAGGCCAUCAACACCAUCAACCAAACUUACGAAGUCAAUGACGACCUGGUUUCAUACAACUAUCGCGCGAGUCUCUUGUUCCGCGAAUUUUAUGACCAGGUUGAGCGCUAUGCUUGCAGCGGCGGCAUCUGGACGCAGACGACCGAUGUCGAGGGUGAAGUUAAUGGUCUAUACACGUAUGACCGCCGUCUUUUGAGGCCAGAUCCGAGGCAGUGGAAGAGCGCUAUCAACAAGUUAUACGCGGCUGCGGCAGGGAGGCGAUGA